AUGGGGAAUUGCAUGGCCGGAGAUGUGGGUGGCGAUGUUGUACGGAUCAUGACGGACUCUGGCGGGAUCAUAGAGUUGGAAGGGCCCAUCCAAGUUCGGACCGUCGUGAUCGACUUCCCCGGAUAUGGAAUUUUCCGGCAAGGCAACGUGUCGACGCCAUUAUCCGGCCACGAUCAACUUCUCAACGGCAGAUUAUACUAUCUCCUUCCGGUGGAUAUGAUGCGGAUUGGAUCAAAUGCGGAAGUUAUGGAGGAAUCCGAUGCGGGGUCCGAAACGCUGACCGGAUCAUCAAGGUUGUCUUCUGGGACGGCGUCUGAUCUACUGACGAACUUGACAGUGGGGCCCGCUCUUGAGGUCUUACCUUCGCCUGGGAACGGCGUCUGGAAAGUGAAGUUGGUGAUCAAUACCGAUCAAUUGGCGGAGAUAUUGUCGGAGCAGAGCAAUACGCAGGCCUUGAUCGAGAGGAUGAGGACGGCCGCAAGCACGAGCGGAGCCACACCGAAGCGGGACAAGGGGACUUGGAGUGUAGGUUGGAGGGCAGGCGUUUCGAGCAUGUGCAAGUUGCCAGCCGAGGGCUGUGUCUAG